UUGAAAAAGAGCUCACUUCUCAAAUGGAGGUUGCUUUAAGUAUCUUGACAGCUUGUUUGAGUAUUAAUGAACUCAAGGAGCAGGUUCUUGAGGCAUUUGCAUCUUGGCUUCGACUGAAGCAUGGGAUCCCUGGGUCUGUGCUUGCUUCUCAACCCUUGGUGCACACAGCUCUUUCAAGCUUGAAUGCUGAGUUUAUUUCGGAGGCAUCUGUAAAUGUCAUCUCUGAAUUAAUACAUUACUCAGCAAGAGGAAGCUCUGGUGGUGUUGCUGUACAGAUGCCUUUGAUUCAUGUAAUUGUGCCUCAAGUUAUGAGUCUAAAGGCACAUCUUAAAGAUUCUUCAAAGGUAUUGCAUUUAUGGGGUUGUAGAUGUUUUCUUUUUCUUGGCCUGUAUAAUAAGCUUCUAAUAGUGUGUAUUUUAAGAACGAUGUUACUGAGUCAAUAGCAUCAAGUAAAUA